CAAGUUUCCUCAGAACCGGAAGUCGCUGAUUGGAACAAAGACUAUCCCGGCCCGGAUUGCCUUCUAAAGAAUCCAGUUACACGAAGAAGAAGCCCAGAAGAGGAAAGAAAAGGAUUCAGAAAUGGCUCUUACUCAGAGCCCUUUAACAUUCAGGGAUGUGGCCAUAGAAUUCUCUCAGGAGGAGUGGACGUGCCUGGACCCUGCUCAGAGGACUUUAUACAGGGACGUGAUGUUGGAGAACUAUAGGAACCUGGUCUUUGUGGGUAUGUCUUCUAUAUGUGGGAUAAAUGUAUUGCCAGCUAAAGAGGGCAGUAGAACAGAAGAAAUAUCCCCCACAGGGAUGGUGGAAAGGAAUGAAAAUGAUGACAUUGAAGGUGUUUGCUGUAGGGAAAUCCAAACAAAUAUACAUAACUUUGGAGGCCAGUGGAGAGUAAAUAAAAGACAUUGCACUAGAGUCCAUAUGACUCCUCUGAGAAAUCUCCCUGGUAGGAGAGAUCACUAUGAUAGGAGGGAUGCAGGAAACAAUCCUGUUAAUAAUCAGCUGGGAUUGAACACCCAGUCAGAUCUCCCAGAACUCCAGCUAUUUAAGAUUGAAGAGAAAAUUCAUGAACGUAAUCUCAUAGAUAUGUCUAUCAGCAGUGAUUUCUUGGUUUCCCUUCCCCAAAGAAUUCCUUCUCCAAUGAAACCCUCCUUUUCUCAUGAACAUAAGUAUGACCUUAUGGACUCGUUAUUCCAACAAAGAGAGAAACCACGGAUAGUGACAGAACAUUACAAAUGUGUUGAGUGGGAAGAGGCCUUUUUUCAAGGGUCACAUUUCAAUGUUCAUCAAGUAAUGCAUGAGAAAGACAAUCAAUUUAAAUCUGAUAUAUGUGCCAAGGUGUUCAAUAAAAAAUCAAGGCUUAGAAGUCAUCAGAGAGCCCGUAGUGUAAAAAAAACUUACAAGUGUAUUCAAUGUGGCAAGGUCUUCAAUUACAUUUCACAGCUUGUACUGCAUCAGAGAAUUCACACUGGAGAAAACCCUUACAAAUGUAAUGAAUGUGGCAAAAUGUUCACUUGGAAAUCAUCCCUACAAAGGCACUGGAGGAUUCAUACUAGGGAGAAACCUUACAAAUGUAAUGAAUGUAGCAAAAUAUUCAGUGAUAAAUCAUCCCUAAGAGCACACCAGAGGAUUCACACUGGAGAGAAACUUUAUGAAUGUAAUGAAUGUGGAAAGGUAUUUCCUGAAUGUUCAAUCCUUGCACAGCAUCAGAGAAUUCAUACUCAAGAGAAACCUUACAAAUGUAAUGAAUGUGGAAUGGUAUUCCAUUUUAGUGCAUCCCUUGCACGGCAUCGGAAAAUUCACACUGGAGAGAAACCUUACAAAUGUAAUGAGUGUAGCAAAAUAUUCAGUGAUAAAUCAUCCCUAGGAGCACACCAGAGGAUUCAUACUGGAGAGGAACCUUAUGAAUGUAAUGAAUGUGGAAAGGUAUUUCCUGAACGUUCAAUCCUUGCACAGCAUCAGAGAAUUCAUACUCAAGAGAAACCUUACAAAUGUAAUGAAUGUGGAAAGGUAUUUCGUUUUAGUGCAUCCCAGAGGAUUCACACUGGAGAGAAACCUUACAAAUGUAAUGAAUGUGGAAAGCUAUUCCGUGAAAGUUCAGCUAUUACAGAGCAUCUGAGAAUUCACGCUGGAGAAAACCCGUACAGAUGUAACAAAUGUGGCAAAAUGUUCAGUUAUAAAGCAUCCCUAGGAAAGCACUGGAUGAUUCAUACUGGAGAGAAACCUUACAAAUGUAAUGAAUGUGUUAAAGUGUUCACUCAGAAAUCAUCCCUACAAAUGCACUGCAGGAUUCAUACUGGAGAGAAACCUUACAAAUGUAAUGAAUGUGGCAAAGUGUUCACUCAUAAAUCAUCCCUACGAACACACUGGAGGAUUCAUACUGGAGAGAAACCUUACAAAUGUAAUGAAUGUGGUAAAGUGUUCACUCAGAAAUCAUCCCUACAAAUGCACUGCAGGAUUCAUACUGGAGAGAAACCUUACAAAUGUAAUGAAUGUGGCAAAGUGUUCACUCUUAAAUCAUCCCUACGAACACACUGGAGGAUUCACACUGGAGAGAAACCUUACAAAUGUAAUGAAUGUGGAAAAGUAUUUAAUCGUAUUUCAGACCUUGCACGACAUCGACUAAUGCACACGGGAGAAAAACCUUACAAAUGUAAGGAAUGUGGCAAAAUGUUUACUCGUAAAUCAUCCCUAGCAUAUCACUGGAGAAUUCAUACUGGAGAGAAACCUUACAAAUGUAAAGAAUGUGGCAAAAUGUUCACUCAGAAAUCAUCCCUAACACUACACUGGAGGAGUCAUACUAGAGAGAAACCUUACAAAUGCAAUGAAUGCGGCAAAAUGUUCAGUGAUAAAUCAGCCCUACGAAAGCACUGGAGGAUUCAUACUAGAGAGAAACCUUACAAAUGUAAUGAAUGUGGCAAAAUGUUCACUCAGAAAUCAUCCCUACGAAAGCACUGGAGGAUUCAUACUGGAGACAAACCUUACAAAUGUAAUGAAUGUGGAAAGGUAUUUAAGUGUAUUUCACAGCUUGCAAAACAUCAGAGAAUUCACACUGGAGAAAAACCUUAAAAAUGUAAUGAAUAUGCAAAAAUGUUCAAACCAAAUCAUCCCAGGGAAAACACUGAAAGAUUCAUACUGAGAGAAACUUUGGAAAUGUUAUGAAUGUUACAAGAUCUUCAGUCACAAUUCACACUUUGCAUGACAUCUAAUAAUUCAUACUGGUGAGAAACCUUGUAAUAAAAAUGGGGAAGUGUUCAGUCAGAAUCCACACCUUACAAAUCAUGGGAGAAUUCAUACUGGAGGAAACCUUAUAGGUAUGAUGAAAAUGGCAGUCUUUAGUCAAAAUUUGUGUCGUAUUUAUCAUUGGAGAAUUCUUUUUUUGUUGUUUCAAUUGUUUUUUUGUUUUUUUCUGGGCUUUUUAUUUUGUCUUUAUUAAAUCCUUACUGUGUACAUUGAUGCAUUUGUGUGAUUCAGAGUAGUGAUUUGAUAUACAAUGUGAAAUGCUUACAUGGAACUGAUUAACACAGCCAUCACAAUCAUACUCUUAGUAGUUUUGAAAUGUACCAUUGCAUUGCAUCAUGCACAUUAUGAGAGGUCCCCUAAAAUACCCGCCCUCCCCAAUCCUCUCUUUCCUUUUUCUUUCUACUUUCUACAUUACAGUUAUGUUUUAUAGUUCAUAUAAAUGUGUAGGUGAUUAUAUAUUAAUUUCACAGUAGUAUUGAGUACAUCGGAUAGUUUAUUUUCUGUUCUUGAGAUAUGUUACUUAUAAGAAUAUGUUCCAGAUCCAUUCAGGUAAACAUAAAAAGAUGUAAAGUCUCCGUCUUUUUUAUGGCUGCGUAGUAUUCCAUGGGUGUACAUAUAUACAGUUCGUUAAUCCAUUCAUGGGUCGAUGGGCACUUGGGCUGUUUCCAUGUCUUGGGAAUUAUGGAUUGGGCUGUAAUAAACAUUCUCAUGCAAGUG